AUGAAUAAUCGGCUUCCCGAUAUUUAUCCCCCGGGGACUGCGCUGACGGUUGGAUCUCACAAAGCGCGAAUCAUCAAGUAUCUGGCCAGCGGUGGCUUUGCUCAUAUCUAUUCAGCAGAAAUAUCACCAGCAGAUCCCAAUGGCUCAACCAAUGUGGCUUGUUUGAAAAGAGUCUUGGUACCCGACAAACCCAGUCUCAAUGUACUGCGAGCAGAAGUCGAUGCCAUGAAACUUCUUCGUGGUAACAAACACGUAGUUUCGUAUAUCGACUCACACGCCGCAAAAUCCGGAGACACAACUGGCUCCUACGAAGUUUUCCUGUUGAUGGAGCUUUGUCCAGGCGGCGGACUAAUAGAUUUCAUGAACACAAGACUGCAGAAUCGUUUUCAAGAAGCUGAGGUGCUAAAAAUCAUGAGUGACGUAACUCAAGGCAUUGCAGCAAUGCAUGCGCUUUUGCCUCCUCUAGUCCACAGAGACAUCAAAAUCGAAAACGUUCUGAUCGCUGGAGAUGGUACUUUCAAAGUUUGCGACUUUGGUUCUGUGUGCGGUAUCAUAAGACCCCCCAAAAAUGGUCAAGAAUUCAACUAUGUCCAACACGACAUCUUGAAAAACACCACGGCACAGUAUCGAUCUCCAGAAAUGAUUGAUCUUUACAGAGGCUAUCCUAUCAAUGAGAAAUCUGACAUUUGGGCUCUAGGUGUCUUUCUCUACAAGCUUUGUUACUACACAACUCCAUUCGAAAAAGUUGGCGAAGCCGCCAUUUUGCAUUCCCGGUUCCAGUUUCCUGCAUACCCCCAAUACAGUGAUAAACUCAAACAUCUGAUAAGCGUGAUGCUGACCGAAAAUCCAACAAUGAGACCCAAUGUCUGUCAAGUUCUCGAAGAAGUCUCUCGCAUAAGGAAUGUACCUUGUCCUCUUGGCAACUUCUAUCUUCUCAGGUCAAUGCAACAACACCAAGAGCCAAAAUCACGCUCACCUAUUCCUGUACAUCAUAUCGGUUCACAACCCAACAUCGAUAUGACGCAAAGCAUUACUACGCAUCAGCCGGUUGCUGGUUUGAACUCUUGGAAGUCUUUCACCAACGGAGCGACUAAUGGUAUGUUAUAUCAGCCCCAAAUUAGGUCACAAGGAAGCCAUAUAUUGCAGCCGAGUAGACUUGCUGAUCCUUUCAUGGCUAUCGACAAGUCAAAACUUGUUAAUGACAAAAGUGCAAAGCUUCCUGUCGUUGCCACAGCAGGUCAUAAGCCCACAAUGAUCCACGGUAAAACUUCUACGGAUGCAAAUAUUUUGAUGUCGAGAAGAUCGGCGAGUCCUGCCCUAGGUGGGCGAGGUGAUAUAUCGAAAAUUGUCAGUGCUAACCCUACGAGUUUGGAAAUGUAUUCAACUUAUUCUUCCACUCGUACGCAAAAUGACAACGGUUUGGGAGUAAGCCCUGAUCUUCGAAGCUCCGUCUCAAGGCAGUUGUCAUCAUCUGAUGCUUUGGAGAGCCAUCACACCGGAGACAGCAUUGGAAAAAGGCUAGGCCAUAAGCUCAAAAAGGUGUUUACUGGCGAACGGAGAUCGAUAUCACCUAUAAAGUCUAGGCAAAACACGGGAGAAAGCGUCAAGUCGUCCUUUGCCACGCUUCGCCGUGGUAUAUCCAGAGCAGGCAGUAUCAAAGACGAUCGAACCAGUAAAUGGAAUACGAGUGAAAUAUCUUUAGUAAAUGCGUCUAAUGGACAAAGGUCGCGCAUUUCUUCUUCGGAAUCCAUAGAAGAAGAACAAUUCGCGAUUCGCCGAUCUCACUCCAGAAGCAGCAGUAGUGCAUCGAUCAUCUCAGAUCUCGACCAGUUAGACGACGGCGAUAUGCCUGCAAAAGACUAUUAUAGAUCACGCUCACCGGUGAAAGUUGGGCAUGAGAACGAGUCCCGUUUGUCCAUACAAAAGCGGGUCCAGGAUCUUCUCAAAAAUUCCGAGGAUUCCCAUGUGCUUAAAACCGCUCAUGGCUAUGGCGAAAUAACUGCCACCGAAGAAACAAAGCUUUCAUCGCAGCUUACCAACGAAACUUUACUUCGAAAUUUUGGUGACUCCAAUGCUUCAACUCCAAAAGUUUUAUCGCCCGAAGACAGAAACAGACACUCAAGUGUGGUAGUUACCAGAAUUUCACCCGAAAAGAAGAAACCUCCGCUCAAAUCAACACAUCCCAAGCCGAAAAGACCAGCAAAGCCGCUUCAUCUCAGAGCAGACAAAUUGUCUCCACAAGGUGCUGCUGCUGAUGAUAAAGAACAGUGGAAUCUUCUCGAGCUUGAAGAGCUUGAAAAAGACUUUAAAACGCGAUUUCCGAGUGCUGCAUAG